AUGCAGCACGAGGUGGAGCCCCUGUGCUCCCCGACCAUGGGCAACCCCUUGCACAAGGAGGCAGGACCCCUCCUUGCGGACCUGGAGAUCCCUGAGGAGACGCAGGCUCGGAGCCUGGGCAGGCCUGUCAAGUCCUCGAAGCAGUACCUGCAGCAGGUCAUUGCAGAAUAUGAGGCCCUGGACCGAGAGCUCCCGUGCAUCCGGAAGUUCCCCACACCGCCUGCUGCCCAGCCCCUCUGUCUCUGCAUGGAGUCCUCGGCCGAGGAGGAUUUUACCCACCUGGAGGUGCUGGAGGCGCUCGAGGCAGAGUUGCCCGGGGCCAUGGAGAGCGGGCGCGUGAGCAGCAUCCGCUUUGAGAACAUGAACGUCAUCUGUGGGACUGCGGGCCGCCGGGACAGGUGGCUCAUCACCGUUACGGACUUCCAGACUCGCUCGCGCCUGCUGCGCUCCGGGAUCCGGCCCCGCGGGCGCCUGCACCGGCUGCUGCGGCACGACGAACUGCUGCUGGGCGAUUACCGCCUGCACCUGCGGCGCUGCCAGGUCCGGCGGCGCAUGCUCGAGGCCCUGGGGGCGGAGUCGACCGAGGAGGACUGACACGUGGGGCGGGCCCGGCUGCGCUUGCGCACCGCCCAGCUGCCGCGGGCGACCCACCCGAACCCCGCAGGAAAGGGGGCGCUGCCUCCCCAGGAAGGAGGCGGGGCCAGCUCGAGGGGGUGGAUACUGUGAGUUUAAUUAUAAAGAAUGACCUGGUACAAAAGCCAUUUCUCUCUGCAAAAUCUUGGUGGGGGGUCAGGGAGAGGGAGGUGAUGGGGGUAGUGACGAGCCCCCACGUUAUAAUUCCGCCUCCCUAAUCUUCCUGCAGUCCUUGCAGGUGGACGCCUGGGUCCCAGUACUUUGAGGGGUGAACUGAGGCCUGGGAAAGGGAAGACCCGGGCGCCGGGGCUUUCAACGCGCGCCAUCCCUGUCUCAGCGAGACCCAGACGUGCUCAUUCGCCCCCU